AUGUGAGGGUUAACUAUAAUUGACAUAUGUUAAAAUUAAUUUAGCCUAAAUGAGAGCAGAACAAGUGUAAGUGUUGAUAAAAUAAUAGUGUGUUUGGAUCCUAGUUAACCAUGUUAUAAUUAUAAAUCUGGCAUUAAUAAAUUGUACGACACAGCUCAGUAGUUAGUACUACUACACUUGUCACUUCUCUCUCUCUCUCAUGAUCAUCCGCCAUGGACAUGAUAAUGAUAGACGACCCUGAUUUUCUGGACUUCUCCGACCACCACAGCGCCACCACCCCUUCCUCCCCUCUCAUCGACUGGGACUCGCUGGCCGCCCUCGUCCUCAGCCCAGACCCACCCCCCGCCGAAGACUCCGACUCCACCGUGGCCACCUCGGAGGAGGAGGAGGAGGAGGGCCUCCGCCUGGUGCACCUCCUCCUGGCGGCGGCGGAGGCCCUCAGCUCCGGCACCGAGAGCCACUCCCUGGCUCGAGCGAUAUUGGUUCGGCUCAACGAGUUGGCGUCCCCCAGCCACGGCACCAACAUGGAAAGACUCGGCGCGCACUUUAGCCACGCCCUGGAGCAUCUGCUAAACGGCGCGGGCACUGCGCACAGCACCCCACUCCCAGUGACCGACACGCUCCUCGCCUUCCAGCUUCUCCAGGACAUGUCCCCUUACGUCAACUUCGCCCACUUCACCGCCAACCAGGCCAUUUUAGAAUCCCUGGCCCACCAAAAACGCCUCCACGUCGUCGACUUCGACGUCUCCCAAGGGGCCCAAUGGGCCUCCCUCAUCCAAGCCCUCUCCUCAUCCCCAGGCCCACACCUCCGCAUCACUGCCUUGUCCAGAGGCGGAGAACGCAAAUCCCUGGCCACCGUUCAGGAAACCGGACGGAGACUAACGGCGUUCGCGGCCUCCGUUAAACAACCCUUCUCCUUUCACCACUGUCGGUUGGACCCCGACGAAACGUUUCGUCCUUCUUCCUUGAAGCUCGUUCGUGGCGAGGCUUUGGUCUUUAACUGCAUUCUCCAUUUGCCUCACCUCGCUUUCCGACCCUCAGCCUCGGUUGCUUCGUUUUUGGAAGGUGCUAAGGAGUUGAAGGCCAGCCUGGUCGUUGUGGUCGAGGAAGAGGUGGGCCCCAUCGGGGACGGGGGGUUUCUGGGCCUCUUUAUGGACUCCCUGCACCGCUACUCGGCUGUGUUUGAUUCGCUUGAGGUUGGGUUUCCGAUGCAGAGAUGGGCCCGGGGUUUGGUGGAGCGCGUGUUGUUGGGCCCGAGGAUAGUGGGCUCGGUGGGGCGGAUGUUUCGUGGGGGUGAGACUGAGGAGGAGGAGGAGGGAGGGUCGUGGGUGGAGUGGUUGGGUGCGGGCGGCUUCAGGGGAGUUCCCAUAAGCUUCGCCAAUCAUUGCCAAGCGAAUCUGUUGGUGGGACUAUUUAACGACGGAUAUAGGGUGGAGGAGUUGGGGAAUAACAAGUUAGUGUUGGGUUGGAAAUCACGCCGCUUGCUCUCAGCUUCUCUUUGGACUUCACAUUCUUGAUUCCUUUUCUUGUCUCUUCAUUCUUAAAAUAAAUGGGCUCUCCUCUGUUCCUUCUCAUAUGUCUUGCAGGGAACAAUUCAAACUAUGUUUUCAGUUUUCUUUCUUUUAAUGAUUUUGUUAUGUUUGA